CCCAUGGCCACGGGGACCGAGAAGGGUGUGGAGCAUGUCCCUUUCCUCAUCCAGGCGGUCCACGGCCCCGCUGCCUGCUACCGGGAGCUGAGCCGGUUUCCUGCUGUCACCCGUGCCGCCCUCAGGGCCGCGGCUGGGGGCCAGACCUUCCUGCUCUACACCGAGUGCAGCCGGCCCGACCUUGCCCGCAGGCGGCUCCUGCGCUUCGGCCGCCACUACAGCCUGCGGCGCACAGCCGGCCGCGAGGGCCUCGCCGUCAGCCGGACCGCGCUCAGCGCCGAGAUCCACAGCCAGCUCCUCAGCCAGGACUCGCCCACGGGGCAGCGCCGCGCCGUGCUCAAACGCUGCCCGCGGCAGGGCCACGAGCUGCUGGAGGUGUGGGACAGCGGGGGAUGCAGCCACAGCGUGGAUCUCACGGCGCUGGGGAAGCAUGAGGACGUCUACACGGAGGGGCCUUUUGCCUGCCUGGCCUGGUCACACUCGGAGACACGGCUCCUCUAUGUGGCUGAGAAGAGCCGGCCCAAACGACAGCCCCCCUGCCCCUGGGAUGUGCCAGGAGCAGCCUGGCCAGCAGCAGAGGAUGAGGAUGAGGAGGGCAAGCAGUUUGUGUACCACGAGGACUGGGGGGAGGCCCUGAGCACACGCAGCAUGCCAGUCCUCUGCGUCCUGGACCUGGAGGGCCUCAGCCUGUCAGUGCUGCAGGGAGUCCCGGAGGACCUCUGCCCUGGCCAGGCCCUGUGGUCCCCGGAUGACCGUGGUGUGGUGUUCGUGGGCUGGUGGCACAAGCCUUUCCGCCUGGGGCUGAACGCCUGCUCCAAUAGGAGGUCAGGGAUUUUCCACUUGGACCUGGCCAGCGGGUGCUGCGGUGAGCGCUGGGGCCCUGGGGGGUGCCCUGGGCAUCCCUGGGAUGCUGACCCCUUGUUGUUCACAGAGCUGCUGUCAGCAGAGAAUGGUUCUGUCUGCUCCCCCCGGCUGAGCCCUGAUGGCCAGCACCUGCUCUACCUGGAGGGGGUUGUGGGGGGGCCCCACCGGCAGUGUCUGCGCCUGCGCAUGCUCACCUGGCAGACAAGGCAGACGGUGACAGUGCUCGACGUGGUUCAGGAGCCCACGGAGGCCUUCACCGGGCUCUAUGCAGAGGUGCUGCCACCGCGGUGCUGGGCAGCUGACAGCCGGCGAGCCGUGCUGGGCACCCCUCAGCGGAGCCGCACGGACCUGCUGCUCGUGGAUACGGAGACGUGCACCGUCACCAACCUCACAGCAGGGUCAUCUGAAGGGUGCUGGGAGCUGCUCACUCUCCAGUGGGACUUGCUGGUGGCCACCUGCUCAGCCCCCCACCACCCCCCCUGCCUGGUGGUGGCCGUGCUGCCACCAGCAGGCCAGGAGUUGCCCCUCGGCUGGGUGCCAGUGGAGGACACCCCAACGGUGCCUGGUGUCACCUGGAAGACCCUGACGGUGCAGCCACCCUGCAGUGGGCAGGGCCCCACUGCACAGGAUACCCAGGCUUUUGAGGCCCUGCUGCUGAGCCCCUCAGAUGGCACACCACCACACCCCCUCGUUGUGUGCCCCCAUGGUGAGUGCGGGGACAGUGGGGACACCCUGGCAGUGCUGGUGGCACCCCAGGUGAUUCCCAUGCUGGCCCCAGGUGGCCCCCAUGCUGUCUUCGAUGCCCGCUGGCGUCCGAGCAUGGCUGCACUGUGCCAGCUGGGCUUCGCUGUGCUCCUGGUGAACUAUCGUGGCUCCCUGGGCUUCGGCCAGGCCAGCAUCAGCUCCCUGCUUUCCCGUGUGGGUGAGCAGGAUGUGGCAGACACCCAGGUGAGGGGUACUGGGCUGAGGGUGCUGGGGGGAUGCUGCUGGGAGGAUGCUGCUGUUUGGGUACCAAUGGUAGGUGCCCCAUGGGUGCAGCUGGCAGUGGAGCAGGCACUGCACAGAGAGCCCCUGGACCCACACCGCCUGGCCCUGCUGGCUGGCUCCCACGGAGCCUUCAUUGCCCUCCACCUCCUCACCCGUGAGCCCGAGCGUUACCAAGCCUGUGCCCUGCGCAGCCCCGUCUGCAACCUGCCCGCACUGCUGGGCACCUCUGACAUCCCUGACUGGCGCUACACCUCCCUAGGGCUGCCCUACUCCUUUGAGCGGGUGCCAUGUGCUGACGAGGUGGCCACCAUGCUACUGCGCUCGCCCAUCGCCCAGGCAGCCCAGGUGCACACACCGGUGUUGCUGUGCGUGGGCGCCCGGGACCGGCGCGUCAGCCCCACGCAGGCGCUGGAGCUGUACCGGGUGCUGCGGGCCAGGGGUGUGCCAGCACGGCUGCUGUGGUACCCAGAGGGUGGCCACGCACUGGCUGGUGUGGAGACAGAGGCCGAUGUCUUCAAGAACUGUGCGCACUGGCUCCUCCAGCACCUGGGGCAGCCCAGGCGGGAUGGGACAGGCCAGCACAGCCCCUAGUGCCCACAGUGGUCCUGGGCUAUGCCAGCCCCAGGGUGACUGCUGGCCCUGGGGACCACACCAGGACCAGAGGCAGAUGGAGUCAGUGUAGCCAGGGACAUGGAUGUGGGUUGGGCUUUGAUGUUAAAUAAACCUGAGACCCUUUGCAGUGCUGA